AUGCGCCAAAAUUCGAAGCUGCAGGCGAUCGCGCUCGGUGUUCUGUUUGCUUGCUCCCUUGCAACUGGAUAUGAGCUCGAGUUCUCAGACGCGGACUAUUCUCGCCAAGUAUGUUCGGGAAUGUGGGCAAGCCAGUCGACUUUCAUCAACGUCACGUUUGAUGAAAGUUCUUCACAAGGACAGGUAGCAAUGGUUAUAUAUGAAUGGAAGGAUGUCAAGUAUCUUGGUGUCACUACCUCCACGACGGAUGACUCCCUACCCAAGACCUACGUAUGCACAACAGACGCAGUCAGAGUUGGCCUCUGUGCAUAUGAUAAUGUCGGGAAAUUCAUAUUCUCAUCUGAUGACGGGACCACCGCAAAUCAAACUACUUUUUGGACUGCUAGCGUUGCCCUUAACCAGACCAGCGGCGCAUCCUCAGAUUCAUCAGGGUUGUGGGAAAGCUCAGAGGGUAACCCUACUCCGCCUGCUGAUAAUUACACUUCACCGUGGAGAUCACGAGACCUACACCACAGUCUUCGACAAUCGAGUGACCUCCUAAACCCGAGCCCGUACGGGACAGUUGCAUAUUCACAACCUAUACAGUAUCAAGUUCGCAAGACAGGAUAUUAUUGCGCAGCUAUCGUGCCCGUGACGGUAUUGAAUCCCACUGCCCGCCAGGCAUCUACGGAUGUCCCGUCUCAUCCUACAUACAACGGCGUCGUUCUUUUCCGCAAUACUUUUGAUGGACAGCUUCCUGCGACCGACUAUCCCAAAGUUAACUUUUACCUCGCCAUGUUCCUUGUAUAUGUCAUCGCAGGCUCUGCGUGGGCAUGGCUCUGUUAUAAACAUGUUACAGAACUAUUACCCAUUCAGUACUAUCUCUCGAGCUUGGUUGCGUUACUUGUCAUCGAAAUGGUUGCAAACUGGGUAUACUACCGAUACCUCAACGCACAUGGGAAGACCGCGGCGUCAGUCGUCUUCCUUUUUGUUGUUGCCAUUCUGGACGCGGGGCGCAACGCCCUUUCCUUCUUUAUGCUCCUUGUUGUAUCACUGGGGCUCAGUGUCGUCCGCGAAUCUCUGGGGCGCACAAUGCUCAAAUGUCAGAUCCUUGCAGGGCUGCACUUUGUUUUCGGAGUACUGUACGCCGUGGGUAUAGUUGAACUGGAACUCGAGUCGACGUCAGCAUUGAUACUGUUGAUGUUCGUCAUACCACUGGCAUUUACGUUGAGUGGGUUCCUGAUGUGGAUCCUGUACUCGUUGAAUGGUACAAUAACGCAGCUCAGUGUGCGAAAGCAAAGAUAUAAGCUCAGGAUGUUCAAACGCCUGUAUUAUAUCCUCCUCGGCACUGUAGUUAUCAUCGCCGUCUUUUUCGUUAUCUCUUCGAUGUCAUUCUCUGAUAGACUAGCUGAAGAUUACGCAGCGAAAUCGUGGAAAAUCCGUUGGUGGCUCCUUGACGGCUACCUCGCCCUCCUCUACUUUUUCACCUUCUGGAGCAUUGCGUACCUCUGGCGACCAUCAGAAAACAACCGCCGCCUUGCCAUGAAGAUGAAGAUGCUGAGGAUUAUGAUCUCGAGACACUUCAACAACGUACGGUUGCCCGAGAGGAUGAUGAGAUCACACUCGUGA